AUCAGCUUUAUUUUCUAUCAUUUCAUAUGUAUUCAUAAUCCAUUGAGUAGAAACUCUUACAUAAACAGAAAUUUACUAUACUCUUAUAAGUCACGUAUAAUUCUUUACGUCGGCGUGUUCAGAUGAUAAGUUAAUUAUACUUGAAGUUGAAUCGAAUCUCUUUAACAGUAACGCGUCCUUCUGCACAAGGUUCAACUACCAACCAGUGUAAGUCAUCGUUCACGGCCAUUCUAUGUUUCGGCCACUCGAUCGACCCCUGACUAUCAGGCAGCGCGCCAGCGAUUGGAUCUAUAAGAUGUUGUUUCUCUGGUCGAGAGAGCCAGCCCCAGGUCCGAGAGCAGGUCCCUGGUUCGCAUGGUUCGCCACAGCCCUGGUACUCUGGCGUUGCCGCCGUAGCGUCGCCAAAACGAUCCUAGCCGUGUCGCCGUUGAGACUGUUGAAACGACGGAACAUACUGCCUCUGGCGACGUCGACCAAGUCGACGGGGACGCUCGUGAAACACCGACACCACCAGCACCGGAUACGACCGGAGAACCCGAUACUCCAGCGGAAGCACAGGCACGUCGGCAUCAGAACGAAAGUAAAGCGACUGUGUACCGGCGACGGGCCGCACGUGACCAGUACGACGUUCGCGAUACAGAACCAGCAAAUUCAUUACAAAAUGACGAGGAGCGGGAAGGUGUACGGGAAAUAUCCGAGCAAGAACACCGUCACUGCCGCCGUCCAGGAGAACCACUGACGCCGCGGCCGUAGCCCGUUUUCGUCUCACGUAUCGGCGACGCUGUUAGCCACCCGUCGUCGUCGCCGUCGUCGUCGUCGCUGGUCGAACGCGUGUCCUGCGAUCUUCAUACUUCCCAGGCCGAUGUCAGAUCGUCAGCUCGAAACACGCGUGCACAUGUACCAAACGCAUAAAAGUAAUUUCGUUAAAAGGAAUAUCGUGUAUUUUUUGCUAUGUAUUAAUCAUGACGCUGUGCUCUUCUGUUGAAAAUCGUACGACUUUUAUGAUCUUUUUUAUGGUGGAACAAAUUCAGUUUGCUUGGAAUAAAAUAUGUUUAGAUAUGUGUUCUUGGCGAUGUUUGGAAAAAUUUCACGGGUU